AGUAGAAUCGCUGAGAUGUGUUCUUUGUACAAAGAGGAGUCAUUCUUCAAACUUGUUUCCUUGAUCUCAUAGCGCUGCCGUGACUGCAUUCCUAGCUGAGGCUCACCAGUUCAUACCAGCCUUCGACAGUGCUUUGUGAUGAUCUGUUAUAAUGUUGGAGCUUGCAUAACCUCCUGCUGAAGAAGACCUGGCUAAUACUGAUGCGCUACCACUGACCUAGUGUUACGUCCAGUUAUAGCCCAUGAGAACUUUUUGUCCAGCCUUUAGAAUACCAUCUACUGUACAUGUUAAAGUAACAUUGCAUGGCAUGAGGCAGAAACAGGAUUUUCUAGCAUGGAUUCACAGGGCCUUUGGGUGUUCUGAAGUGGCAGCCCCUGAGUGCAGAACAAGCUUCACAGCAUGUCUGGUACAGACUUUGUAUCCCCCUCAAAAAGAAUCAAGUCAUGCUUGGAAAAGAAGCUGCCAGUUCCAGGUGGAUCACCGAACGACAUCAUGGAGCCACUGGAUCUAACUGAAAGAUGUUUAAAAUGAAUUUUAAGACGAAAAAAGAACACCCAACAUCCCCCGUUCUUCAAGAGAGAGAACAACAUGCUCUUUGUUGGUGGUUUGCACAGAAUUUCACUUGACUGGAGCUAAUGUUUACCUCUGAGAAAAGGAUUAUGAGGAUAUUAAGAGAGGUUUCCAAUCAAUGGAGGAAUGCUCCUGAUCUGAGCAAGGGAAAUAAUGAGGUCUGCUGGCAAAUGCGACGGCAAACCUACCAUGAAGCUGUAAAGGAGCAGAGAGAUGAAUACGCUGUCAGAAGCUGCUCUGUGGAAAGACUUAACAAAAGAGUUCAAUGAAUGCAAAGUAUCUCGCACCCAGAGAAGGCAGCAAAUGGAGCAGUAGCUGCUGUAUUGUGGGUGAGACCCUCUGGCAGGGGAAGAUGCAGCAUCCCACUGUGGCAACAGUCAUCUGGCAUCGGCACUGAGAAGUGGCAUGUGGCACCGCUGGGUUGACGUGGGCUCUGGAAGUCACAUAUCUGGGGAGCUGAAUGGAAAAGCUCAGUGCAGACAGCUAUUUUUCUUCCAGACGCCUACCCAUGAUGAUUCCACCAUCUGUAACAACCCCCACCAGCGACGCUGCACUUUUGCCAAGUGUGGCGUCUCAGGAAAUCUGGAGGUCACAAGUUCCAGGCUAUUCUGGAUUGGUCACACGGCACAUAAGUCAUCGGGCCAACAACUUCAAGAGACAUCCAAAAAGAAGGAAACACAUUCGCCCUUCGCCACCACCACCACCAAAUACUCCAUGUCCUAUUGAUUUGAUUGACUUUGGGGAUCUCCAACCUCAGAGGUCUUUCCUAGAACUCCUGUUUAAUGGGUGCAUUCUCUUUGGGCUCGAGUUCAGCUAUGCCAUGGAGACAGCCUAUGUUACCCCUGUGCUGCUUCAGAUGGGGCUUCCAGACCAACUGUAUGGAAUGGUGUGGUUCAUUAGCCCUAUAUUAGGGUUCUUGCUACAGCCUUUGCUGGGAGCCUGGAGUGACAGAUGCACAUCAAGAUUUGGGAGAAGACGACCAUUCAUUCUGGUCUUAGCAGUAGGAGCGUUGCUUGGGCUCUCGCUUAUGCUGAAUGGCAGAGAUAUAGGGAGUGCCUUGUCUGACACUGCAAAUAACCACAAAUGGGGGAUCAUUCUUACAGUCUGUGGUGUUGUCCUCAUGGAUUUCAGCGCAGAUUCAGCAGACAAUCCCAGUCAUGCCUACAUGAUGGAUGUAUGCAGCCCAGUGGAUCAAGACAGGGGCCUCAACAUACACGCUUUGUUAGCAGGUCUUGGAGGUGGCUUUGGUUAUGUUGUUGGAGGAAUACACUGGGAUAAAACCAGUCUUGGAAAAGCUGUGGGAGGGCAGCUUCGUGUCAUCUAUGUCUUCACCUCAGUUAUACUGACUGUCACUACUGUGCUGACUCUAAUUAGCAUUCCAGAAAGACCCUUAAGAUCUUUUAGCAGGAAGAAAAAGGUGAUGAAGAGUCCAAGUCUUCCCCUCCCUCCUUCUCCACCUUUCUUCUUUGAGGAGAGUGGAAAUGAAAACUUUGCUUCUCAUAACUCAGCUCACUUAUAUGCAAGUUUUACGAGUCCCAUUUCCCCCCUCAGCCCACUCACGCCCAAAUACGGCAGUUUUGUCAGCAGAGACAAUUCCUUGACGGGAAUUAAUGAGUUUGCAUCAUCAUUUGGGACUUCAAAUAUUGACAGUGUGCUUAUAGACUGUUUUACAGGCGGGCACAGUAGUUACUCAGCACUUCCAGCUAGCUUGCCCAGGCAGCCUGUCAGUGUCAGCUUUCCUCACGUGCCUGAUGGCUCUCACCAAGGAGAAAAUGGAGCUCUGGAGCAAGGGGAGAGCAGCGUAGUGCUGGGGCCUGAUGGCGAGGCCCUAAGGGUGGGCUCAAUGGACGCGAUAAAGCCACGGUCAUCAGGGAUCCUGAAAAGACCUCAGACCUUGGCCAUUCCAGAUAUCGUAACAGGACACUGUCCAGAAAAUAGCAGAAGAAGAAAUGUGACCUUCAGCCAACAGGUUGCUAAUAUCUUGCUGAAUGGUGUUAAGUAUGAGAGCGAGCUGAAUGGAUCAGGCGAGUCCUCUGAGCAGCCACUCUCCGUGAAACUUCUUUGUUCGACCAUCUGCCAGAUGCCCAAGGCUCUUCGUAACCUCUGCAUCAACCACUUCCUAGGAUGGCUUUCGUUUGAGGGGAUGUUACUCUUCUACACCGACUUCAUGGGAGAAGUAGUUUUCCAAGGGAAUCCGAAAGCGCCUCACAACUCAGAUGAGUAUCAGAAGUACAACGCUGGGGUCACCAUGGGCUGCUGGGGAAUGUGCAUCUAUGCAUUCAGUGCUGCUUUCUAUUCAGCCGCACUGGAGAAGCUGGAGGAGCGGUUCAGCACACGGACGCUGUACUUUGUGGCAUAUUUGGCCUUUGGGUUGGGCACAGGGCUGGCCACGCUCUCCAGAAAUGUCUAUGUGGUGCUGUCACUGUGCGCUACCUACGGCAUCCUCUUCGCCACGCUCUGCACGCUGCCCUACUCCCUGCUCUGCGACUACUACCAGAGCCAUGAGUUUGUAGGCUCACAGGUGGAGGGCACGCGGCGUGGGAUGGGCGUUGACAUCUCCCUGCUGAGCUGCCAGUACUUCCUGGCGCAGAUCCUCGUGGCUUUGGCCAUGGGACCAUUGACAGCGGCUGUGGGCAGUGCCAGCGGUGCCAUGUACUUCGCCAGCCUGGUGUCCUUUCUGGGCUGCCUCUUCUCAUCCCUCUGCGUCACCUACGAGUCACCACCCACUGAGGAGCUGCCGCCCGCCGAGGAGCAGCGUCCGCUCUUACCCCGCAUGCGGAACGAAUAAAUGGGAGAAGCUGCCACAGCCUCUGCUGCCUCAUUGCAUUGCCCUAGGUCUCCCCAUCGUGGUGUGCUGGGCUCACGGCGCUGCCAGGAUGGCAGCAGUGGGCGUAGCAAACGGUGAGAAGGUCUGCGCUGGCUUAACCGAGCUUUCCCCUGUAUGUGGGAGAGUGAGGGGUGAGUUGAUGGCGCCUGGCACCACUCAUCCUUCCCCUGAGGUGGCAAGGGCCCAUCUGGGGCCACGGCAACAGGAAGCAGUGGUGUCAGCGCAGGGCCACUCCCUCCAGCUGCUCCCCGGUGCUGUCAUUCCCGGGAGCACAAGUGGCGUUGUCCGGCCUGAAGCAGGGGACCAAGAAAGUCUGGUGCCUGGGCAGGGUGGCAGUGAGCUGCAGGGCUGCACGUGCCACUGUGGGCACCACCUGGCUGCGGCACUCCACCAGCUUCAUGGGCAGAAGGUGCCAUCUCAUGGCCAGGAAGAGCUGCCCGGUCCUCACUCGUUGAGGGCAGUGGUGACUCCUGUGAGGACUCAGGGAGUGGCAGGGCCAACCUGCAGGUCCCGGCAUCUGUCUAUGGUAGGCCUGGCUCUGAAGGGUGCCUUCCAAAAUUUUGGAAAGGCUGAGAGUGACUGGUCCUGCUCAGGUGGUCUACUCUGUCAAGUGACACAGCUGGGCUCCUGGGUGUGCAGAGCUCCCACCAGCAGAACUGCUUCAAGAAGCUGCUGUAGGGUAAAACUGCAGCAACCUGGCUCCCAAACCCUGCUCUGUAGGUUCUGGCUGUGGUCCAUGGUGAUGGUUGCCAAUACAUGCGUAUUUCCUUCCACAUUAGACUUUUAACUAAGACUACACGGGCUUGUGUUGACUUAGCAGGAGGAUGGGCAGUUGUCUGUAACCCAGCUUUGGGAAGAAGGGUCUUUUUGCCUGAACUUCCCUUGGGUAGAAGCUUACUCUCAAAAUUAGUUUGAGAAUUGCAGAAAAAUCAUUUGUGUGAAAGCCUGCAGCACAUCAUCCUUGUUUUUCAUACAGUUGUACCUUGUGACACUUCAAAAUCUGUAUUGGGAUCAGUGAUUACAAACUUUACAGCUAGACCUGCAUCUUUCGUAUCUCACUGAAACUAGUAAAAGGGCUUUGGGUUUCAUUAUCUCUGACAAUUCUUAAUUAUUCUGAUUUUGGAAGGUGGUAAAUGUGUGAGAUCUCAUACAAGUUCCAGUUAAGCCCACAGGAGACCUUUAAGUCUCGAGAGCCAAGAUGAUAAUGAAAAUACAGUUAAAACUAUUUCUAGGAUCCCUGUCAACCUGCCUCUAUAUUUGGGUAGGCAGCCAUGGUUUACCAAGCCAUGUAGGCAUUUUGGUGUUUAUGUGUGCUGUGCAUGGCUUCCUUGUAGAGGUUGGUUUUGCUCACCUGGUGUUCAGGUCCAGAAUAAGGAUUUUCUCUGGAGGGUCACUCCUUUUAAAUGAGUUGUACUUGACUGUUUACCUAAGUUUAUUCUGAUGCUUGAUUUAUGAUGCCAAGAUAUAAUAACUUGUCUAAUCUUUAGCUGUUGUGGCUUACUAUACUCCAGUGCCAAAAGCAUAAUACACAACCUGCGAGAACCUCUUAUUUUUGUCAUCUGCCCCCAACCAUUACUUUUUUUUUCAUCAUUUGAGAAGCAAGUUUCAUGCGACUCAAUAUUUACUUAAAUGGAGGAACACUACUGAAGUUAUGAAGCCAAGUGCUCAGAGGUAAAGGUUUGUCAGAUUGAUGUGUCUAUUCAUCUUUAUCUUUUUUCUUUGGGUUUACAUAGUGUGAUUAUCUGCAGGAAUAUCUGUGAUGUGCUGUUUCCUUGAUUAUGGGACAGCCGCCUCCAAGAUCAUUCAGGAUGAAGCUGAAACAAAAUACCGUGAGAAAGCAUACGUUUGGCACUUCUGAUUUCUGACAAUCUAAAGACUUGACAGGAGAAUUUUUCUUUUCUUGUUGGUGUGCUGCGUAACCUUAAUUUCUCUUACUUAUUGAACUUUUAAACAAAAAAAAAAUUGUUUUUGGUCCCACUAGCUAAUGCGGUACUAGUUCUUAGAAUGUUUUCUUCUCUUAAGUUUUGUAGCCAGCAUUAUUGCACUAAAUGGAUCAUGAGCAAUUUCCUAUUCUAGGUAGCUGGAGUUGCAGAUCAUUUAGUUGCAAGAAAGAAUCUUCGAAAGAUUCAUAGAAUUGAUAAAAUCAGUGUAUUUGAUGAUAAUAUUUGUCUCUGCUUCCAUCUGUAAAUAAUAGUAUGAAAUACAUUCAUAUAGUUAUAAAAAGAUUGCUAUGCCCGUAUGCACUGCCCAACAGAAUAUAUAUUACAUUUUCUAUUUUAUGGGAUAUGGACUUUAUUUUGCAUAUGUAUUUAUGUAGUGUUUACAUACAUAGUACCUUUAAGUCAACAUCAAUGCAUGUUAAUUUGGGGCUUUGAGCAAUACUGGUGGUGUCUGGAAAAAACCCAGAGCCUGCCACCAUCAUGCAGGGUUGGAUGUCAUACCAAAUCCAUAUAAAUAACUUUAAAAAGAG